AUGACUUUCUCUCCAGUCCUUUGGAAACUGCACAUUUUGAGAGAUCCAACAAACUUGAGGUCACAGAGAAUACUGGAAAUCAACUCUCAUCAAGCCUUGCUUCUAGUGCUUCCCCACCUGGAUUCAAACAACAACAAAAGUAUUGGUGAUGGUGCAUCCGACCAAAUUGAUACAGAUUCCACUGUUCAUUCAAAGUCCAUCAAAGUUUAUGAGGCUUCCUCACAAGAAAGCAAUCAGGAUUAUUGGGAAGAGAGAAUCCAAAAUGAUAUUGCAUAUAAGCCUGCAAUACAUGCUCCCAAGGCCAUCCCAAAACCCAUACAACGUCCCAAACCAGCCUCCAAGGAAAUCAGUGCUGUCCACUCAAGUACCAAGCAAGAUUCAACGGGAGAUGAUUCAGAUAGAAAAAUUUAUCUGGAAUCUAGCACAAGUACUUCAACUGGAUUUUACAACUUAUGGGCUGGAACUGCAGGCCUGAAUAACAUUCUACACAUCAAAGAUUCAAGACAGCCCAAAGAGCCCAAGAAUUCAUAUAAACCAAUAAAUCCACUCAAAUAUUUGCACCCUGAAAUUUCUCAACCUUUCCCACACAAUCCACCCAAAAAAUCAGCAUCUUCUCUAGAAAUUCACAAUCAUCCAGAUUUUUCUGUAACUCCAGUAUACAGGAGUGCUGAUGUGGCUCAAAUGGGACACAUACCACCAGAAACAGAAUUCAUCGGGCAUCAAGGCCUGAAAUACAUCCAUGAUUAUCACACUAUCAUUGAUACUGUCACAUUUCAUUUUUACCAUGUCAAGAUGAAUUAUUGGCCACAUGAUGACUCUCAACAUUGGACCAAGCAACAUACUCAACCUUUGGAAUUGUCAAAAACUCAAUAUUCUUGGCCCAAUUUUCACAACUACCGUCCAUUUGAACCAGUGAUGAAACUCUCUUCCAGACCCCUCAGUAUGAAUCAGGGAAAUCCUCCACAAAAUUUUGGACAAGAUCCACAUGGGACCAGAAUUGAAGCUUAUGAUAAAAAAUUGAGAAAUGCUUCAGAGUUCUUUGAGACAAAGAUUUUCAAACCUCAAAAAAUAGGAGAGCAAUACAAAAACAAGCAGGAGGAGAUUCUCAAUUACUUUGAGAUUCUAAGAGGAAAUUUGAUAACAAGUUUCAGUCAAGAAAAGUGUCACAGUUUGUACAUUCUGAGGAUGCCAGAUGAUUUUGUGAAUUUUGUUGCCUAUGCAGUGAAGUUACCACAGAUACGCUCUCAAGUGAAAGAACAGUUGGAAACAUGGAUUAUGUGUAGCAAUCCCAAAAGCUCUCUUUCUUUUGUAAGUAAAUAUGCACUGAAAUGGAUUCAUGAUCAAGAAGACCCUGAAGGGAAAAAAGAUGAAGGUUUCUACUCCAAGGCUCUGCAUGACUGGCAUUAUGAAAGGAACUCCAAGCAUUAUGAGAUGAGAUUAAACAAAUCAUGGAGGCACUGGUCAAAAUUCAUUCACAGUAGGUGUCAUAGCAAUGAACACAUAUUUCAUGAACUUAUGAUGGGAUUUGAUGAUGUAAGGCAAAGAAUUGAAAGCAGGAUACAAAGCAGGAUAAUAGGAUCUCAAGACAAUUGGUUCAUGCCAGGCGAGCUUUCAGACUAUGUAGUCCUUGCUUGUAAAAGAAAAGAAAGAGCUCAGAUUAUCAAGAGUGAUUUGGAGCGCUGGAUCACAAGUGGUGAUUCCUGUUCUACAUCAAGAAUGUGUACAUAUGCACUAUUGUGGCUUGAUAGAAUAGAAACAUUUGCUGACAAAGACUAUAGGCUUCUGGUCCCAACUUACAGUGACACCACUGCAGCCACAUUGAAUGGUGUUUUAGAGUUGGAUUACAAAAAGAGGCUGGACACAGCAUUUGAGUACUGGAAAGAUCUGAUGCACAUGCCUUGGAAAGUGCAAGAAAAUGACAGCCUAUAUCAUAAUUUCAUCAAUGAACAAGUUGAAAGCUCAGCAAAGUGUCUACAUCACAUAAUCAAAGCAAAUAUUGCAAAAGGAAUUGAUCCUGAUCAGAUGGACAAACAAUUUGCCACAUAUGUUGCAUCUGCGUUGAAAUAUCCAGAACACUCCGACACUAUCAAACAGCACCUUACCUCCUGGAUGGUACUGCCCAGAGCUGGAAGUUCAUUGCAAUUUAAAGUGCAGGUUUCACUUAAAUGGCUUCAGGAUAAACAAUGUAUGUUGGACUCAAAUUCCUCUUGA